AAUCAGUAGAAACCCAUUGUCCCGUCACCACAGGUUGCGGUCGGGUGCGUUUCCGCGGACAGAGCGGAGGGAAAUAUGAGCGUCUCUAUAUUCUCAUAGAAUUUAAAGAAACCAACAAACAGUCACUACACACUUUGGCUCUUCACGUCGUCGAACAGCCUCUAAGAAUUCAUCUCGAAUGUAUUAACAAGAAGGAUAUUUUGACAGCUUUGUGGAGAGAUCUCUAGGUUUCAGAUUUGAGCUGAAUUGUGAAUAACACUUGUAUAUAACAUGGGACAACUUUUUGCCAAACUGAUGACGGUGUUUGGAGACAGAGAACACAAAGUAAUCAUUGUGGGUUUGGAUAAUGCUGGGAAGACUACCAUCCUCUACCAGUUUUUGACUAAAGAAGCUGUGCAAACCACUCCUACUAUUGGCAGCAAUGUGGAGGAAAUCUCUGUCAAGAAAACACGUUUCCUUGUUUGGGACAUUGGGGGUCAGGAGGCCCUUCGUGCCAGCUGGAGCACCUAUUACUGCAGUACAGAGAUUGUGAUUCUGGUAGUAGAUAGCACAGAUCGGGAGCGUUUGACCCUUACGAAAGAGGAGCUACAUACGAUGCUUGCACAUGAGGAUCUACAGAAUGCCUCAGUGCUGGUGUUGGCCAAUAAACAGGAUAUGAAGAAUAGCAUGACAGCAGCAGAGAUUUCCCAGAGUCUUACCCUCAGUUCUCUCACAGCUCACUCCUGGCAUGUCCAGGCCUGCUGUGCCCUUACUGGAGAGGGUUUACCAGCAAGUCUGGACUGGAUGCGUUCCCGAGUUAUAGCAAACUAGCCGAGCAGUGGUUCAUUGUAACUCUGCAGAGCCAGAGUUUAUGUCCCAUAUGUGCCUACAGUCUCAUCAAAUUCUAAGAGUUAAUGUUGGGGCUUGCUCAGAGCCCCACUCAAACUCAGCAUACUGGAGACACCAUAUGCUACACCUUUAGCUAUGUGUAGAUUGAACCCUGGACAUGUGACAUAUGUGUAUAUACUAAUAUGUAAAUGUUUGCAUAUUAUGUCUUCAUUUUAGAGGUCACAUUGUUAACAUUACAAACAGAUUGUGUUGUCCAAGGUGGGAGAAAUUGCACUGAUUUUCUGAAUUCUGCUUGAACUGUGUAUUCUUGGCUGUGGUACUGGAUCACUGCCCAAGCACAGCCCAUUAGUGUUUGGUGCCAAUUUCAUAUGGACGUUGGUGCUCAAUUUUUAAGCUUUAAACUGGAAGCAUUACUUCAUAUAUUUAAUAGAAUGUUGUUUGUGUUUGAUGGACCUAAUUCAAAUGAAAUGAAACAAGUAUUGAAAUUUUUAAAUAUUGAAAGUAAGCUGCGUGUUCAGACUAUACGUUCUGGUUCAUUUUAUUUUUGUACAAAUAAAGAUUUAAAAAAUC